AUGCGCGGUGUGUUUUUGAAGAAGUCCGUCUGGUACGUCGUGAACCGUGAAACGACUCCGACUUUCACCGACCCUCGAGCGCCCGAUGACUACGUCAAGGCGAGCAAUGUCACAUUUGGUAUGAUGCUGCUGCACAUGAAUGCGGAUUACCACCAUGUGCUUGACAAAUUCGAGGAAGCGUGUGUUGCGUGGACAAGUCUGAAGACGCUGUACGCGGCCAUCGAGGGUGUGGGAUCCAUCAUUGAAAAGGUGGUUCUGUCCAACGGUGAAGAGCGCGAGAUCAAGAUCAAGAAAGCGUUAUAUGCUCGAAGUAUUAUCAAGAACCUUCUUUCGGUGCCACAGAUCAACACGCAUGGCAAGUUCCAAGUCGUGUUUAACGGGUCCAAGAUGUAUGUGACUCUCAAGAACUCACAGCAAGUGGUGGCGACAGCGGAUCUUGUGGAUGGACUUUACUGGCUUCGUACGACUCAACGAUCAGUGAAUGUGACAACAAGUGGAAACAGUUGUGCUGACCUACAUUCGCGAAUGGGUCAUGCUCCAGUCGAUGUACUGCGCAAGAUGAUCACGACCAACAUGAUCAAGGAUGUGCGAGUCCCUCUGAAGUCGGGUGGAGCAACUGCAUGUUGA